GGGAGUGGCAGCGAGAGCAGCAGUGAAGGCAGCAGCGGGAGCUCGGGCGGCUCCGGAGCGAAGGCAGAGGGGGGCGGCUGGGCAGCAGCGGCGUUGGCGCUUCUGACGGGGGGCGGGGAGAUGCUGCUGAACGUGGCGCUGGUGGCGCUGGUGCUGCUGGGGGCCUACCGGCUGUGGGUGCGCUGGGGGCGGCGGGGUCUGGGCGCCGGGGCCGGGUCGGGCGAGGAGAGCCCCGCAGCCGCUCUGCCGCGCAUGAAGAAGCGCGACUUCAGCUUGGAGCAGCUGCGCCAAUACGACGGGUCCCGCACCCCGCGCAUCCUGCUCGCGGUCAAUGGGAAAGUCUUCGACGUGACCAAAGGCAGCAAGUUCUACGGCCCUGCGGGUCCAUAUGGAAUAUUUGCUGGUAGGGAUGCCUCCAGAGGACUGGCGACAUUUUGCCUAGAUAAAGAUGCACUUAAAGAUGAAUAUGAUGAUCUCUCAGAUUUGAAUGCCGUACAAAUGGAAAGUGUUCGAGAAUGGGAAAUGCAGUUUAAAGAAAAAUAUGAUUAUGUAGGCAGACUGCUAAAACCAGGAGAAGAACCAUCAGAAUAUACAGAUGAAGAAGAUACCAAGGAUCACAAUAAACAGGAUUGAACUUUGUAAACAACCAAAGUCAGGGGCCUUCAGACUGCAAUUCUUACUCCCUUUCACAGAAUGUCCAGCGUCUUUGGGUUUGGUUCACCUGCUGCAAAAAACAUCCAACAGAUUGUGUACAGCUAAAUGAAUCUCACUAUGAAGUUUUGAAAACUAGACAUUAUUUAUGCUGCCAAACUCAUUUGUUGCAGUUGUUUUUAAUGUCUGGUUGGGGCUUCAUCAUCUUGAAAAGAAGAGACAGGGAUUUUUUUUACAGAGCAAGAAAGUUAUGAGGUUGCUUUUCCUUAUUUUUAAAAAAUCAAAGACAACCAGAUAUGUAUUUGCUACUUAAGUGUACAAAUCUCAAACAGCAAGGGAUUCCUAUUUCCUGUGCUGUGCUUUUGUUUUGGUAUUGAGGGAGGGAGGAGACCUGGGCAGGAGAGGUGGGGUCCACAUCAAUUUGAGUAGUUUAGGCUACUGAAACAUUAAAAUGUGAAUUCCCAAACUUUUCUUUUUGGGUUUUGUCAGGGAAGAGGAAAAUAAAACAACCUUUAUUAUUAAGAAAUCUUUGCAUAUUAGGAGACAGGAUUUCAAGUGGAUUUAAGUCAAAGUAACUCUAACAGUAACUAGUUUUCAUUCCUCCCCUUCCCCUAGAUCAAAUCAAUAUUACUUGUGCCUUAUUUCACUUACAUAGACUUGAAUUAUUUUUAGGGAAAGCCCCUAUGUGAAUUCAGAAGUCAUUAUAAGCAGCAUUGAGACUGAAGUUGGAAUCUUCUGUUGACCGCAAAACCUUGAUCUCAUUCUGUGUAUAUAGAAUGUAAAAGGAAUAUUCAGUGUUACUGCCAUAUAUGUUAAUAUACACAAACUUAAUUAGCAUUGUAAUGGCCAAAUGCAUUCCCCCGUGCUUUUUUCAAAAAAAUUGAAAACCAAAUCAACAACUCUAUCCCCCAACAGCUCCCUAAUUUUAGGAGUCUGACCCUCACAGCUCACUAGUGUGGGUGCAUGGGGCCGUAGUAUGGAUGUCGUAUGGGUGUGUUUGAGUGUGUGAGAGCACCUUGGAAGGGACUCUGCAGAUAUGUAAAUACCAGUACCGUUUUAAUAAAGCAUGUACAAUAAACCAAAAUAAGCUUGAGUUGGACUUUAUAUAUGAACUGUGAGCCAGUGCAUAAUGAUAUGGUAGUCAAGAGUGUGCAUUUGAUUCAAGAUAAGGAAAAGUCCUGGAAAUGAAAAAGCGAGCACUGGUUAACCAAGUUGUACACAUUGUACCACAUUCACUGUAACUUUAGGAAGAAAUUCCACUUCGUGGAACACUCAAGAGAUCUGAGAUUAUUCAGGUAAGAAUUGAUAUAUAAAAAUGUACAUAUUUUUACUUUAUAUUUUGAUGCCAACUGAUUAUAUUAGAAGUAACGGCACUCUAGUUGUUGGACAAAACAAUAAAGGAUAUUAUAACAAUAGGUAUUAAAUGUUACUGUUGUUAGUUUGAAAAAGCCCUUAUAUGUCAGUUAUGUGAUUUCAUCAUGACUCUUUGGUUCUUGAUUGGGGAUAAGUUACACCAAAAAAGACAAAUUUUAUUUAUAAUUCAUGAGUUAAAGAAAAGUCUCCUCCUGCUUUAUGAGUAUAAUAUAUGCAGAAGCCAUCAAAGAAAAGGGAACUUGUAACUGCAAUAAUAAGCUAAAGUAUGUAAAAUACAGCAGGUCCUCGAAUAACGUUGUUUUGUUCAAUGGCAUUUCAUUAUGAAGUCGAGGAGAUGCCAUAGAACCUUAACUCUUGUUUAUUAUAUCAAUUAGCCUAUGGUAAAAUUGGUUUCAUUUUAUCAACGAUGUUAAGUGAGGACUUACUGUACUGCACCCUAUCGUACUCAGUCUUGGAAUGUUUUGUAGAAAAUGAUGGACUUCAGCCAAAUCUUAGCUGAAGAUUGGUUGUAAAGACUGAAGAGUAUUAGUAAAUGCUUUGUGUGUUUUUAUGUAAAAUAUUUUCUAAACAAAUUUGUUAAAGUACAUGUCCUCUGUAUUAAACAUAUAUAUAUUGAAUCAUUUGAGCCUAAAGUUCAGAAAUAAACACACUUGUGAAUACAGAAACCCUAAAUAUUCAUGCAGUAAAAAUUAUGCAGUAUGUUAAGAAAAAUGAGUAAUUUUGUGUUUUGGACUUGAAAUAAAUCGUGUUCUACAGACAA